AUGGCAAGCCGCAUCGCCGUGGCCGCCGCGUUCCUGGCGCUGGCGGUGGUUCCCGCGGCGCUGGCGCAGGCUCCCGGCCCCGCGGCGACGCCGAGCGGCCCGCCGAACGUGACGGCGAUCCUGGAGAAAGGCGGGCAGUACACGACGUUCAUCCGUCUGAUGAAGGAGACGCAGCAGGACACGCAGCUGAACAGCCAGCUCAACAGCUCCUACGCCAGCAACGGCGGCGGGUACACGGUGUUCGCGCCCACCGACAACGCCUUCAACAACCUCAAGCCGGGCACGCUCAACUCGCUGACGCAGCAGCAGCAGGUGGCGCUGGUGCAGGGCCACGUGCUGCCCCAGUUCUACAGCAUGGACUCCUUCCAGACCGCCAGCAACCCCGUCCGCACCCAGGCCUCCGGCCGCGACGGGCCCUACACGCUCAACAUCACCGCCACCACCAACAACCAGCUCAACGUCUCCACGGGCGUCGUCGAGGUCACCGUCAACAACGCGCUCAGCGCCGUCAAGCCGCUCGCCGUCUACUCCGUAGACAAGGUGCUCCUGCCCUUCGAGCUGUUCGGGGCCGAGGCGCCCGCCGCCGCGCCCACCGCGUCCGAGGGGAAGCCCAAGAAGGGUGGCUCCUCGGACGCCGCCUCCGGGCCGGCCGGCGCCGACGACGCCGCGCCCACGGGGGCUGCCAGCGCCAGGGCCCUCGGUUGGAGCGUCGCUGGCCUCGCCGCUGUUCUUGGCUAUCUGUUGUGA